CGACAGUGACCGCGGCGGCGGCGGCAACGCCGGAGGAGCGGCCUCGGGAGGGGCCGGGCCCCGCGCCCCGGGGCUCCGCUGCCCUCCCUGCGGAGCCCGGGACACAUUCUACUUCUAUACGGAAGAGAGUUUUUAAAAUCAUUGAAUCUGGAAGAUCAAAAGAAAUACAAGCAUGUUGUGCUGGGGAAACGCAUCCUUUGGACAGCUAGGUUUGGGUGGAAUUGAUGAAGAAAUUGUACUAGAGCCCAGGAAAAGUGACUUUUUCAUAAAUAAAAAAGUCCAAGAUGUAGGAUGUGGACUCAGACAUACAGUAUUUGUCCUAGAUGAUGGGACAGUAUAUACUUGUGGAUGUAAUGAUCUAGGACAAUUGGGUCAUGAAAAAUCCAGGAAGAAGCCAGAGCAGGUUGUUGCCUUGGAUGCCCAAAAUAUUGUAGCUGUUUCAUGUGGAGAAGCCCAUACACUCGCUCUCAACGAUAAGGGCCAGGUGUAUGCUUGGGGACUUGAUACCGAUGGACAGCUGGGUCUGCCAGGGACAGAAGAGUAUAUCAGAGUGCCCAGAAAUAUUAAAAGUUUGACAGAUAUUCAGAUAGUACAGAUUGCUUGCGGUUAUUAUCAUUCCCUUGCACUCUCAAAAGGAAGUGAAGUUUUUUCCUGGGGACAGAAUAAGCACGGCCAGUUGGGUUUAGGCUUUGAAUUGAAAAGGCAGAGUUCCCCACAAUUGAUCAAGUCCUUGCUUGGAAUCCCUUUUACUCAAGUGGCCGCAGGCGGAGCCCACAGUUUUGUUCUCACUCUUUCUGGAGCUAUCUUUGGAUGGGGUCGGAACAAGUUUGGUCAACUGGGUCUUAAUGAUGAAAAUGAUAGAUUUGUUCCUAAUUUGCUGAAGUCAUUGAGAUCACAGAAAAUAGUUUAUAUUUGUUGUGGAGAAGACCAUACAGCAGCUCUUACCAAGGAAGGCGGGGUCUUUACAUUCGGAGCUGGAGGCUAUGGUCAGUUGGGGCAUAACUCGACCAGUCAUGAGAUAAACCCCAGAAAAGUUUUUGAACUUAUGGGAAGCAUUGUCACACAGAUUGCUUGUGGACGGCAGCACACUUCUGCUUUUGUUCCUUCGUCAGGAAGAAUUUAUUCUUUUGGGCUUGGUGGCAAUGGACAACUUGGAACUGGCUCAACAAGCAAUAGAAAAAGCCCUUUCACUGUGAAAGGAAAUUGGUUCCCUUACAGUGGGAAAUGUCUACCAGAUAGUGAUGGCGAAGAAUUCUUCUGUGUUAAAAGAAUUUUUUCAGGUGGUGACCAAAGUUUUUCCCAUUAUUCUUGUCCACAGGGCCUUGGGCCACCAGAUGAUUUUAGAUGUCCUGAUCCUUCAAAGCAGAUCUGGACCGUAAAUGAAACUCUCAUUCAGAGAUGGUUGAGCUACUCCUCUGGAAGAUUUCCGUUGGAAAUAGCCAAUGAGAUUGAUGGAACCUUUUCUUCAGCUGCUUGUCUAAAUGGCAGUUUUUUAGCUGUUAGCAAUGAUGAUCACUAUAGAACAGGCUCCAAGUACUCAGGGGUUGAUAUGAAUGCUGCUAGACUUCUCUUUCAUAAACUUAUACAACCUGACCAUCCUCAGAUAUCUCAACAGGUGGCAGCUAGUUUGGAAAAGAAUCUUCUUCCAAAACUGACUAGUUCCUUACCUGAUGUUGAGGCAUUGAGGUUUUAUCUCAUUCUACCAGAAUGUCCACUGAUGAGUGAUUCCAAUAAUUUCACAACAAUAGCCAUUCCCUUUGGAACUGCACUUGUGAAUCUAGAAAAGGCACCAUUGAAAGUACUUGAAAACUGGUGGUCUGUACUUGAACCUCCCUUGUUCCUCAAGAUAGUGGAGCUAUUCAAGGAAGUUGUGGUUCAUCUUUUGAAACUCUACAAGAUCGGAAUCCCUCCUUCUGAAAGAAGGGUUUUCAACAGCUUCCUUCACACUGCUCUAAAGGUUUUGGAAAUACUGCAUAGGCCACCUCAGUUGGAGGUUUCUAGACCUAACCUCCCUGGAGUUAAGGUAAAUGAGAAAACGGGACAGAUCAUACAGUAUGACAAGUUUUAUAUUCAUGAAGUACAAGAAUUAAUAGACAUACGGAAUGACUACAUCAACUGGGUUCAACAGCAGGCCUAUGGAAUGGAUAUCAACCAUGGAUUGACUGAGUUAACAGAAAUCCCGGUUACAAUUUGUACAUAUCCAUUUGUAUUUGAUGCCCAGGCAAAAACUACACUGUUACAAACAGAUGCAGUCUUACAGAUGCAGAUGGCUAUCGACCAGGCCCACAGACAGAAUGUUUCCUCUCUUUUUCUUCCUGUGAUUGAGUCUGUCAAUCCUUGUCUAAUUCUAGUAGUCCGUAGAGAAAAUAUUGUAGGUGAUGCAAUGGAAGUCCUUAGGAAGACAAAGAAUAUAGAUUAUAAAAAGCCACUUAAGGUUAUUUUUGUAGGAGAAGAUGCUGUUGAUGCAGGAGGGGUACGCAAAGAAUUUUUCUUGCUCAUAAUGAGAGAGUUGUUGGAUCCAAAAUAUGGCAUGUUUAGGUAUUAUGAAGAUUCUAGGCUCAUUUGGUUUUCUGACAAGACCUUUGAAGACAGUGAUUUGUUCCACUUGAUUGGAGUUAUCUGUGGAUUAGCAAUUUAUAACUUUACUAUUGUAGACCUCCAUUUUCCUUUGGCUUUGUACAAGAAGCUGCUGAAAAAGAAGGCGUCCCUGGAUGAUUUGAAGGAGCUAAUGCCUGAUGUUGGAAGAAGCAUGCAACAAUUACUGGAUUAUCCAGAAGAUGAUAUAGAGGACACAUUUUGUCUUAAUUUUACGAUCACCGUUGAGAACUUUGGUACAACUGAAGUGAAAGACCUGAUUCCGAAUGGGGCAGACACUACUGUUAGUAAACAAAAUAGGCAGGAAUUUGUUGAUUCUUAUGUGGACUACAUAUUCAAUAAAUCAGUGGCUUCCUUAUUUGAUGCCUUUCAUGAAGGCUUCCAUAAAGUAUGUGGCGGGAAAGUCCUUCAGCUCUUCCAUCCUAAUGAACUCCAGGCAAUGGUGAUUGGGAACACAAACUAUGAUUGGAAAGAACUUGAAAAGAAUACAGAAUACAAAGGGGAAUAUUGGGCAGAACAUCCAACAAUAAAAAUUUUCUGGGAAGUUUUUCAUGAAUUGCCAUUGGAAAAGAAAAAACAAUUUCUCUUAUUUUUGACAGGUAGUGAUCGGAUUCCUAUUCUUGGUAUGAAGAGUCUUAAACUGGUCAUUCAGUCAACUGGAGGUGGAGAGGCAUAUCUCCCAGUCUCCCAUACCUGUUUUAAUCUUCUUGAUCUUCCGAAAUACACAGAGAAAGAAACUCUACGAUCUAAACUGAUCCAGGCCAUUGAUCACAACGAAGGCUUCAGUUUAAUAUAACUUUAGAGGUAUUAUAACUAUUUAGUUUAAUGCAAUAGCAUUAAACUGAUUCUUUGUGUCUUUCUUGUGGUGGUGAGUUCAGUGGACAAGGUGACAGAGGUGAUAAUAUAAUUAAUUGCUUAUUUACAAAAUGUUCUGUGACAUACAAAUAUUCAUGAAAGCCAAAAAGUCCUAAAAGAAAAUGAACAAACUAUGUUAAUAAGACGUAUUGUACAGAACCAUGGACAUUUUUUUGUCAUCUACCAAUAAACAUGCAAGUAUUGUGAAUACCUUCAAGUUUCACUAACAUGAAUUUUAAUGGUCUGCAUAUUACAGAAUUGAUCUUGGUGUGUGAGUGCAUGGAAUGGUUGCUUAAUUCUUUUCAAUCACUGGGUGAAAAACCUUUAACUUUGGUUUGCAAUAGUCACUUGAUUAUUUUUCAUUUUGUAAAUAAUGUUAAAGUUUUUGUAAUAAAAUAGUUACAUUCUGAUACCA